AUGUCAAUGUCAAUGUCUAUGUCUAUGUCUAUGUCUAUGUCUAUUUGCAAACAAACUAGUCCUUUGCUGCACAUUCCAACUAGUGGGAUCGAUAUGAAUGGCAGGAUCGAUAUGAAAGGCAUAUGUCGUUGGCCGCAGAAGGAGAAGGUGGUUGUCGUGAUGGGAGCAACUGGGACGGGGAAGUCUCGGCUGUCCAUCGACCUGGCCACACGUUUCCCAGCCGAGAUAGUAAAUUCAGACAAAAUGCAGGUUUACGAAGGAUUAGACAUAGUCACAAACAAAAUCACCAAGGAAGAGCAUUGCGGGGUACCCCACCAUCUCCUAGGUGUAGUUGAUCCUACUAAGGAUGUUUCUACUACAACUUUUUGUACCAUGGCUUCUACCGCCGUGAACUCUAUAGUUAGCCGUGGACAGCUUCCAAUCAUAGUUGGAGGGUCGAAUUCCUUCAUCGAGGCAUUAAUUGAUGUUAAAGAACACGAAUUUCGAUCCAAAUAUGAAUGUUGUUUUCUUUGGGUGGAUGUAUCAAUGCCCGUGUUGAACUCAUAUCUGUCACAUCGCGUUGAUCGGAUGGUGGAAAGGGGAAUGAUAAAUGAGGUAAGAAACAUGUUCAAUGAAAAUGCAGACUAUUCAAGAGGGAUCAGAAGAGCAAUUGGAGUUCCUGAACUUCAUCAUUAUUUCCAGAGUGAAUCAUUAAUCUCAGAUGAAGAAACCUGUGCUAGACUACUCGAAGAGGCAAUAAAUGCGAUCAAAAUCAAUACGAGCAAAUUAGCAGAUCGCCAGCGGGCGAAAAUAUAUCGUCUGAAAAAUCUUAAGGGGUGGAAGAUACACCGGCUUGAUGCCACCGAUGUGUUUAGGAAACGGGGCAGAGAAGCCGAUGAAGCGUGGGAGAAUCUGGUGGCGGGGCUGAGUACUCAAAUAGUUAGUCAAUUCUUGUACAAUUUUCACCCUCCUGUUUAUUGUAAUCUGAUGGGAAUGAGAGAAGUGGCAGCUGCUGCAACUAACACAUAA